AUCACCAUUCAAAUGACCCAAACAUCAAUUAGUUUGAAUUACAUAAGUUAAAGAAAUAUUAGCAUAAUGGCUAUUAGCUUAUAGCGCUACCGGUAGGUCGAAGAAGAUCCUGCCUGUGCUUUUAAAGGUUAAUUGUUGACUAAGUAACCUGCUGGUCACUGAUUUAUCUCUAGUAGUCUGCAUGUGUGUAACCUUCAUGGAAAUUGCCAUGGGUGAUCUAGUGCAUGCCCAUAAUAGUAAAUGUCUUUCCUAAAGACUGUCAGGCACUGUUGUGCUGCACUGUUGCAUGUGGAGCCCUCAUAUGAGGUAGGUACAUGUAAGGUUUUAUGUUUUAUAGCAAAACAAUGUCUGUGAUUGCUAAAAACAUACGCCUGUUUUGUAAAAUAAUAAGGUUUUCUCGGAAUAGACUCCGGUUGGCAUUUUGAUACCUCAGACAGGGACAUUUCAAAGAAGUGGACACUAUUUUGGAUCAAGAUUUUUUGUUCUAAACAUUGGCUUUGAUUCUACAUUUUUGCAGAUAAUUCACUAUAUACCCUAAAAAGUCAAAACACAGAACAGGGUUAUUUGAAGGGCAAGUCCUUUUUCCAGUUCUGUAGCCUCUAUUUAUGCCUUUGCAACAUAAAAAACAGCGUUUUAGAGAUAUGACCUUACAGUUACAUUUCCAUGGAAUUCCUCGAUAAUAUUUAGACACUUUUGAUACUGUGCUCACAAUGUUAACAAAGAUGGUAUGUCACUAGACAAUGAUUAAUCACUUCUGAGAAUGUCGUUCCAGAGCUGUAAGAACGGUGGAACUUUUGAUUGUCUAACAACACCACACCACAUCAACAAACUCUCACAUGACCAUCCCCAUAGGCGUGUGUCUAUAAAGUGAAGGCACGAGGACGUGCUGUAAGUAACGGACAGCCUUAGAGACUUGACUACUUGUGUGUGGAGCAGGACUAUGAUUCAUGUCCCAAGAGCUCCCGUCAUCUCAAACUAUGGAAAUAUGAGUUCAGUCACUAUGAGAGCUUCUGCUGAUGAAGAUCUGCACAAUAGAGGAAGACAGAGGUCUCGCUCGUACUACAACACAGAGGACAGUAAGAACUGUGGUCUACAGUCACAGAGAGAAGAAACUAACGCCAGACCAAGAUCAAGAUCAUUUUACAGCUAUGAGACCUCAGAGGUGUUUUCCAAUAUUGAUGUUGGGAAUUUUGAUCGAUCCAGUCCUCUGAGACAGAGAGCAAGUUCAUUGCAGUUUGUAAUAAAUAAUAAAAAAGACAAAAAGGAAGGCAAUGAGAGUUGUGCACAAAUCCAACCCAAGAAGCUCAGGCCUAAACAGAGCAAGUCAGCAAAAGAUAGCUCAAGCGGUAAAACUAGUAGCUUCAAGGCAGAGAGUAUGAUGACAAUAUCUGAGGCUGACAACUGGGAGAUCUGCUCCAGCUCAGGGAUGAAGUAUGGACAGUUUGUGGACUGGGAAAAAAUUGACCCUGAAGCAGCAAAGAGAUACCAGAUAAUCUUACAGAGUGACCACUCACAGCUGAAGGCCAUGGGCCGAGAGGGCUACUGGGCAAUGCCACACACACUACGGGCCAAAGCGUACUACCACAUCAUACACAGCAUCAACUCCAGUAUAAAAACGGCACACCCAGAGAGAGACGUCUACUAUGAACUGAGCAAGAAACUGUUUGGAGAACAGAAACUGAGCUCCCACCCUGCUCCUGAGUAUAUGGAGGCUGCAGAAAUACCCAGAUACUGCCUUAACAAAGCUGGCCUGAAUUCUGUCAAGAAGAUUCUCAUUUGUCUUGGCAAGUAUUUCCCGGACAUGAACUACUGCCCCAUCCUUCCAGCUUUAGUCUCCCUCAUUCUUCACUUUAGCAUGGAUGAAGCUGAGUGUUUCUACAGCGUGGCCCGCCUCAUCUGUUACACUGACCCCAACAAGCGCUACAUAGACCAGACGUUCCUAACAUACAGAGCCUCCUGUAUGACCUUUGGAGAUCUUGCUAACAAAUGCUGCCGGGGCAUCCGUAAAUUAAUUGCUAGUUCACAUCAAAACCUCUUUGAGUUUUACUCUGACUGGAUCAUGUGGAUCUUCGCCGACCUCCCGUUCAUCUACGCCAUCAGAGUUUUAGAUGUUUACCUGUUGGAGGGAUACAAAGUCCUGUACAGGGUUGCUUUGGCUCUCCUCGGUCUCUACAAAGUUUCUGUCUCAUCCCGAGUGGCAGAUGUGGAGGACUUCAGGACUGACAUGAAGAGGUUUGUACAGAAUGUAGCUCGCCACUGCUCUGCUGAGACUCUUCUGGAGAAAGCUUUCCAGAUCCCAAUGGCCACACGCCGAGAGCUCAACCUUCUGUUUAAUGCUAACAAGGACUCACUCAUGCAGAAAGGGGUCAGCUGCCAUCAGAAAAGGCAAUCUGUGGAGAGUGUGGACUUCACAAACUUCAGGUCGAGUGUUGUGACAGGGACAGAGAUGCGAGUGGUCUGGGCGUGGAUACCUGAGCGCUUUGCUCUGUUCAGCCCCAUCAGACUUAGCACCAUAGAGCACAACAGGAGUCUGGCAUCAUUCUAUUCGCAUGUGGAAGGUCAUGAGCCAACAGUUCUCCUUAUCAAAACAGUGGAUGAAGAGGUGUUUGGUGCUUUUCUAUCCUCAGAUAUAAUAGAAAGGCGAAAACAUGACUCAGAGAGCCUAACAUAUUUCGGAACAGGGGAAUGUUUUGUCUUCACGCUGCGUCCCAGCAUGGAGCGCUACCAGCAGGCAGUGGUUAAUAUAAUGACCAGAUUUGUUUCUGGGCAGCAGAAUGGGUCAUGCCCCUGUGACUCUUUGCAGCUGUCCCUCAGCAGCAGUGCCAGCACCAUAAACGGUGCUAAACUAACCUGUCCCGUGGGAACUCCUCAGGACCCCAGCUACCUCACUGUCCCCUUCACUGCUCCCUCAGACAAGCCUCUGUUUGCCAAAGAGCCAAAGAGAGCCAAAGGACAAGAGGCCUCCAUGUUCAUCGCUGGAAGUGAGAGCCAGCUGAUGAUUGGAGGUGAUGGGGGACAUGCCCUCUGUAUACAGCAGAACCUGCAGGAAGGAUACUCUGAAGCUUGUGAAACAUUCAAGAGCACACCACUGUGCAAGGGACAGUUUAAGAUCCAGUCACUGGAGGUGUGGGGCAUUCAAAACUCCUUCACAUGUUCUCAGCUCUCCCAAACUGUUUAAACAAGCUCAUCCUUAAUUAUUGCACCUCUUAACAACUUUAGUUGUUUUUGUUUGUUUGUUUCUUUUGUUUUUUAAUUUCUGUGUGUAAUAUUAGAUAUUUAUUUUGAAUUAUAUAUUGUGCCUUGACACAUUGAGGUAUGAUAAAUAACAUAUUGAUUAUUUGAUGUAAUAGUUAUUUAGUGCAACUUAUUUAUACAGCUAAUAUUUGGCUAUUUGUGCUUGUUGUGAAUGU